GUGCCUGAACAUUUCGGCAGCGGGAGCUCGGAGGCCAAAGAGCGGCUUGGUCUGGCGGUCCCCAAACCUGUGGAUCCCUGGUAGCGUGGUGCCCUCGGUUGCUUUGCUCCAUCGUCCUCUGCUCCUCCGGAAAGGGACCAAGGCUGGAUUGGAGAACGGCCGAACUGAACCGCCUGCAUCUCCCACGUCCCGCCGCAGAACGACACAGCCCGGCAGAGAUCAGCUUUCCCCGUCCCUUGCCUCUGGACACUGGCUAAGGGGGGUCAAAGAGGAGCAGGGCUCGGCGGGGACCGUCUGGACAGCCUGGAGAUGGCCCUCUGGCACUUCGCCGUGCUGCUUCUGGUCUCUGGCACCGCACCGACGACAGCCAGUAUGUUGAAUUCUCUGGGAUGUGCUCCUGAGCCCACCAGCAAAGACCAGGCAGUCAGGGUCUUCUACACAACCAGCAUGGUGCCCAGUGGUUGCGAGGCCCGUGGUCCGACCAAUCCCAACCUAGAGGUCCAUGUUCUGAACCUGAGAUACAGCAGAUCCCAGAUGUCCAGUCUCCUGUUCAACGUGUCUGGAGGGGCGGCAAAAGAGAAGUGCCAAGCGGUGUUUGUGGUGAACUCCAACAUCAGCAUCUUUCUGAAUAUCCAUCAGGAGGGUGAUUGCCACCUCAGCAUCAUCCACGCUCUUAAUACCUACCUCUCGAUUCCAUUAAGCGAAGACUCCAACAAAACCAGCCUGCCUGUCUCCAACGAUCAGCUCUUGACGUGGGCCAAGGAAACCUACGGUGGUGUCUCCUCCUUUGCAGAGUUGGAAGAUCCCCAACAGAUUCACUUCCAAGUGGCGAGAGAGCCCAGCACAAAUGAAGAUUGCAUCCUGGCGCAGGAUUUCAACACCGAGUCGUAUCUAGAGGUAGAAGUCGAAUCCCACAAAGUGGAGACUUGCUUGGAUGCCAGAAAAACAUCUGAAAAGGUGGCUCACAUCCUGUGGCUGCAACAGAGUUCACCGGACGAGGGGAUGCAGACGGUGGAACUGAAUGUAAAAAUGGUUUGCAAGGACGGACGUUCAGAGGACGAAGCAGAGAUACCUCUGACCUUGUGGCUCAAGAGCCACCAAAAUAUGGUGUGGAAAAUGGGCCAACGGCUUUCAUUUCUGCAGUUGUGGCCAUCUGGUAAAUAUUCACUCCCAGACUUCGGAAUGCACAACGGUAUGUUUCUUCCUGACAACAAGGAGGAACUGAUUCAAAGGGCCCGCAGCAAUUCCUUCGUCGUUUCUUAUACUGAAAUCCCUUCGGCCAAAACCAUCACCCUGGAAUACGAUAGGCUUUGCGGACCAGCCGCAGCCGUAACCUCCCCGCCAGCCCAGAAAACGCUAAACCUGACCGUCAUGGUCCAUCGGUUCAUAGACCUUUGCAAGCCGUGGAAGUGCUUGGAUAGCAGCAUCGAAAUUGCCGUCCCCAAGAUUUAUCUGGCGGCUUUACCAGCGCGGGUCGAUGAAAUCACCUUGAAGGAUCCCAGCUGCAGGGCAAAAGACAACACGACGCAUUUUGUUCUCAACAGCAUCCUGGACAAAUGUUCCACCCAGCUCGAAGGGGGCAUUCAUGUAAAGAACCAGCUCAUCCUCACGCUACCUUUGUUUCCGGAGAAAGUCACGGUGCCGUUUGAAUGCGAUCUGCCGGAGAAAGUCUCUCUCCAGCUUUACGACACGGCGGACUUCCACUCGCCCAGCACCCCGGUGAUAGAGGCUAACCAAGUUACCUAUGUGGAGGUGUCAUUCCGAACAGCCAUCAAACAGUUUUCUCUAGAAAUUGGAGACUGUUUCUUAAAAACCCGAGACAACAAGCCUCAGCUUCUCUUCCACCAAGGGAUAUCUCUGAGUUACUCAGUGAUGUCCCUGCAGUCGCCCAGCCCGAAGACCCAACGCUUCAGCUUCAUCUACAAGCCAGAAAACGAGCUGUGGUCCAUCGAAUCUGCCACCCUAGCUUGCGUGGUCCAUCUGAACACCUCCAAUGAGAAACGUGGAAGCUACGAAGGCUCUUUACAAGUGAUGCUCAAGAACCUCAACCGAUCCCAUAAUCAAGGCUUGAGGAUCGGCACCGUCCUGGGAAUCGCCUUUGGCGCUUUUUUAAUUGGAGUCCUACUCACCGGGGCGCUGUGGUGCAUCUACUCUCACACCCGUCCGAUAACCAAAACCCAAACCAUCUCGACCAACCCCUCUGCUUCUGAGAGCAGCAGCACCAACCACAGCUUGGGGAGUACCCAGAGCACCCCAUGUUCCACCAGCAGCAUGGCAUAGCACCAUGGGAACAGGGAAGCAGCAAGAUUGCUUACGGACUUCUCUAGAGGACUGCAAAGCAGUUGGGCUCCAGGUGGUGAAGAGGGUUCGAGAUCCCACCGAGGCGACUUCUGUUCUUCCCCUUUUAAUACAUCGAAGAGUUUGUGGUUUUCAGCCAUCAACUUCAAAGGAUACUUCUUGGAAGCCAUCAAGACAAGCUGAGGAGCACGGCAGCGGCUGGUUCCACGGCUUCACCCACCACCUUAGGGAUGCCUUAAUCCGUGGCAAGCAGUGGGAGCCCCAGAAUGUGGCCGGUUAACGGUCGCCAAAGUCUUCAAGGCUGAAAUGCUGGAUUAGUCUCUUCCCCUUCCGGCACCGGCUAGUGGGAGACCUGACCGGCCAUUGCUAAUUUGUAAACUACAGCAGCAGCAGCUAACCUCACUUCCAAAAGAAAGAAACCAGGACGAACUAGGUUUGUGGAGGUUCGCUUUGUCUUCUUGCUAAGGCACUGGAGACCGAAGCAACAUCUGAAUCUACAGCCCCGUAAGAUUGAAGAGCGUGUCCUUCCCAUUAGGUGCCGAGGACUUCCAUGGGUCACUGGACCCAAAUAUUUCCAUGAAUGUUGUUCCCUUUUCUGCUGACUUUGGAGUUGGCCUUCCAAAGGGAUGGGCCCGGUCGCCCUGAACUCCGAUUCCCAUCAACUCUCAGCAGCGAACAAGCUGGGGAUGAUGGGAACAAGAGUCCCACUUUUAAGUUCUCUGCUUAAAAGAACAGCUAUGGCCUCUCUUUAAGAUCGGGAACACACCAGCCCUUUCGGAGCAAGAGUUAAUUCGGGAGGGGAACGGGCAAAUAUCCUGCCUUUUUUGCAGCCCUCCAACCCCCAUUAGUGUCAAAUCACAUCACUGUAUCCUUGGCACUUCCAUUCCCCCGUUGGCUGGGUUCACACACCAUGGGCGGCCCAAGAAUUAACCCAUGUUAAGCACUUACCCACUUCAGCUGGUUGUGUGAAAAUAGCUAUCGUGCCACGCGUACUAUCAUGCUGCUGUUUUAUAGUAAGUUGUACUAAGGUUUGGUGGUGGGGAGCAGUAGAAUAUUCCCGCCCCCCACCCACACCCCAAAAACCCACCUAAAUACCACUGUAUGCUAUUGGCCCCUUCGGCCCACGGGGAGCAAAGCAGGAAUGGGAGACUGUAGCGUCCUCCUUGUAAAAGGACAGCGAAUCGGGGCCAUCUCUGUUCUGAAAGACCUAUAACUGUACGUAUAUAAAUAACUAUACAUAGAAUAUAUUUUGUAACUGUUUACAGGGAAAUAAUACAAUGCCUACUCACUGUUGUCA